UGAUGUUACUUGUUUUGGAGGCGCAUGUGACUUGUGAAUCAUAGAAAGGAAGCAGAGAGAACGCAGUUUAGUUCAUAGAGGAUAGAAACUCGAGGCGAGUUUAGGAGCAGAGUGCUAUGGCUUUACUCGCUGCUUCGUCCUGUGUAUUCGCUGUCUUGUUUUUCUUUGCUGCUGUUGAACAGGUCAGCUCGAAGAAACCGAACAUAGUUUUGAUCCUCACCGACGAUCAAGAUGUUCUCCUGGGCGGAAUGACACCAUUGAAAAAAACCCGAAAGCUUAUUGGAGAUCUUGGAAUUACCUUUAAAAAUGCUUAUGUGGCUAGCCCGCUUUGCUGCCCCAGCAGAGCUAGUAUCCUGACUGGAAAGUAUCCACACAAUCACCGUGUGUUUAAUAAUACGCUGGAAGGAAACUGCAGUAGCAAAGCAUGGCAAAAGACACAGGAACCUGACACGUUUUCAGCUAUCCUGCAACAUCAUUGUAGAUAUCAGACUUUUUUUGCAGGAAAAUAUUUGAAUGAGUAUGGCUCAGAGGCUGCAGGCAGUGUUGAACAUGUCCCACCAGGUUGGGAUUACUGGUAUGCGCUGGUGAAGAAUUCAAAAUACUACAAUUACACACUUUCUGUUAAUGGGAAACAACAGUAUCAUGGUCAGAACUAUAGCCAUGAUUAUCUAACUGAUUUACUAUCAAAUAUUUCACUGGAGUUUUUGGACUCUAGAACCAAAUAUCUUCCGUUCUUCAUGAUGAUCUCCACUCCAGCACCACACUCCCCUUGGAUUCCUGCCCCACAAUACGAAAGGAACUUUUUGGAUGUUAAAGCACCAAGAAACAGCAACUUUAACAUACAUGGAAAGGAUAAACAUUGGCUAAUCAGGCAAGCAAAGACUCCCAUGACCAACUCUUCGAUGAAUUUUCUGGAUAAUGCAUUCAGGAAAAGAUGGCAAACGUUGCUAUCAGUGGAUGACCUUGUUGAAAAAGUUGUGAAGAAACUUGAUGCAAUCAAGGAGCUAGAAAACACCUACAUUUUCUUUACAUCUGAUAAUGGCUAUCACACAGGCCAAUUUUCUUUGCCAAUUGACAAACGACAGCUAUAUGAAUUUGACAUUAAAGUGCCAUUGCUUGUACGAGGACCUGGAAUCAAAUCUACUGGCAGUAAUCAGAUGCUGGUAGCAAACAUUGAUUUGGCUCCAACAUUCUUGGAUAUUGCUGGCUAUGAUACCAACAAAACCAGGAUGGAUGGCAUGUCUCUGUUGCCUCUGCUGAACGGUAAGGCAAAAAAUGUGACAUGGAGGACUGACCUCCUUAUAGAGUAUCAAGGAGAGGGACGUAACAAAAGUGAUCCUACUUGUCCUUCAUUAGGGCCAGGGGUCACGAACUGUUUCCCUGAUUGUGUUUGUGAAGAUGCAUAUAACAACACCUAUGCAUGUGUAAGAACAAUUGCCAAUUCAGCUGACUUGCAGUAUUGUGAAUUUGAUGAUAGUGAGGUGUUUGUAGAAGUCUAUAAUCUAACUUCUGACCCACACCAAAUCACAAAUAUAGCCAAAUCAAUAGAUCAAGAAGUUCUUGAGAAGAUGAACCAUCGUCUUAUGAUGUUGCAAUCUUGCUCUGGUUCCACGUGUCGGACACCAGGAAUAUAUGAUCCAAGGUACCGAUUUGAUCCUCAACUGAUGUUCCAUCAUGGACCUGCUGCACCCAAAUUAUUCCAUAAAACCUUGUGAAGCCUUUUUGCUAGCUGUUAUCUGUAACACAACCUUGUACUUUGUGGACUGUUGUAAAUCACUAGAAGUUGUAUAUACUUUGUUUUUUGUUUUUGCAGUGUUUUUUCCCCCCCGCCCACCACCGCCCUGAUCAUGUUUUCCUGAUUUAAAAACAAUUGAUGUUUGAAAAGUGAGUUGAUAAAUUUUAACAGUUUUAUGUAUUGUAGUUCUAAAUUAGCCUAACUUAUUUUGUGAGGAUCAUUGUCUUAAGUUCCAGUGAACCUAAGCAUUUAAUUGCUUGUGGAGUAUAACAUUAAACAAACAAAUAGUUUCAAUUUUUGUUUAUUGCAUGAAUUAUCUGCCAGCUAGCAAUCACAGCUAUACUUGGUUGGUAUGGAAUUACUUACUUCUAGUCACGUUCUUUGUUUCUCUCUACAGUAGCAUGAACUCUUCAUAUCUUAGAAGUAGUGUACAGAAAUCAAAUUUCCACUAAGCUUGUGCACAUCAGAAACAAAAUGGGUUUUGAGACAAAUUAUCUCCACGUUGUUUUUCCAGUGGCCAUCCAGCCCAAUAUUAUGGGAAUUUCAUUCAGUUUUGAGGUUUGCUGACAGGUGACUGGGCUGCAACUAUUGGCUUAAACUAACUUAACAGCUUCUAUGUUGCUCCUUUUUUAGCAGUAAAGAAUGUAUUGGAGAAGACUGAAUUUUGUCUGUACUCUCUUGCGUUAGUCUAAUGUAAACAGUGCUAAGAACUGAGUAAACUUGCCCCUUCUGAAUGUCGCAUACUGUGAGCUUAGGGGUUUUAAAUAAAUGCUUUGUAAUGUAGCUCCCUAGAAUGAGUGACUUUCUCAGAUUCCAUUCCACUCCACCCCAUCCCCCAAACUGAUUUUGUUGCUAAUCCCAAUCACCUUGCCUGGCUUCUACAAUUACUGUUUCUAUCUGUUUAAAAAUCUUUCCCCACCACAGCACUUUCUUUACUUCUAUGAGGGAUUACUGUGAUCCAAGACUAUGGCCAUCUAUUGCCUUGGAUUUUGUGUGUGGUAAGGCAUUGUAGCUGGGAAACAUUUUUCCAGAUAGUCAUUAAAUAAAAUGACAUGUAUCUGUGAAUGCACAACUAGUUGCCUUUAAUAUCUCUACCAAAGCUAGUUUAAAAUUCUUUUAGCAAUUAAUAUUGUCCAUUGACUGGACGUCACUAUUGUUCUGAAUCAUAAAAUUCUCACUAAAUUUAAAGAUUCUCAAUUUUUAUUUUAGAAAUUGAAGUUACUUUUCCAGUAAUUCUGGAUUUUGAUAUUGCACUGAAGAUCCCAGCUAUCUGCUGCUUUAGUAUGUUGUGGAACUGAUGUUUAUAGGAGAGAGAUGUAUGAAGUGGCUAAUGGUUUCUAACAAUAUAGCCAAUAGAUAUAAUCCAACAUGUGAUUUCUGCUAUAAUUAACUUUUUUCAAUUGUUUUGUCUAUCAACUCUUGGUUUUUUGUUUUUUUGUUCAGUUAUACACUAAAUCAAACCACUUUUUAUAACAUUCCUACAAUGUUGACUUGUACACCAGAAUGUCUUUGAUUCAAGAAUGAUAAAAUGUCAGAAGGACAAACAAAACAACCACUGUCUUUUACUGGCACAGGUGUAUUUAGAGUGUAUAGUUGACACUGUCUGUAGCGUAGCACUGAUCUAUAGCCUUAUUGAUGUACAUUAGUGAAAAGGUUUAUCAAGCAACACCAGGUUAAAGGCAAACUUUAGUGUUUGUGUACCUGUUGAAUCUACAAUAUAAUUAUGCACUUGGGAGCAAGCAUUUUGUUUAGCCUUGAAUAUAAGAAUCGCAAACAAUUUGUACAUCAAUAUUGCAUGGUUAAUUGCAAAUGCUUGUAUUUUCAGUGUUAAACUGAAUUUGCACAUUUUAAAAUAGGUUUAUGUAGCUUGGAUAAAAUUUGUGUAAGUUUGAUGUUACUCAGAAAGUUCAGACUCUCGGCACUUGUAAUACUGACUUUGAAUUGAGAUUUCUUGGGUUUUUUCCAAAGACUUAAGUGUCCUUGACUGUAUGUAUGUUUGAGAUAAGAAAAUGAUGGCUCAAUUCCAUCUCACAUUUGUGUAAUAAAUUACUUUCCCAGUCUGAAGUUGGGAUGCUCUCUUUUGAACAUUGGUCU